AUGAUGUUCGAAUCUCAUUCACAAUUGUCAAAUAGCGAUGAUAUGGAACCAAUGAUAGUACGUAUGGGUUCAUCAAGUAAACAAUUACCUAAACAUCCUGUACAAUUUACACCUGAAGAUUUACGUACAUAUCUCGAACCAAUUAUUCACAAAAUGAUCGCUUCGGAAGAUUCGUAUUCAUUUCAACAACCAGUUGAUCCCAUUUCACUUAAAAUACUUGAUUAUCCAAUAAUAAUUAAACAUUCAAUCGAUAUAUCAACCAUACAUAAUAAAGUAUUACGUGGAGAAUAUAAAAAUCCAUUAGAAUUCUGUGAUGAUGCAUGGCUUACAUUUAAUAAUGUAUGGCUUUCUAAUGAAAAAACAACACCUAUCUAUGGAAUAUGUUCAAAACUUGCAGAAUUAUUUGUUGAAUCUAUUGAUCCUGUUCUAGAGGCAUUAGGUUAUUGUUGUGGUCGUCAAUAUGUAUAUUUACCACAAGCUUUGUUAUGUUAUGGCAAGAAACAAUGUUGUCAAAUCUCAGUUAAUGAUAAUUAUUAUUAUUAUAACAAUCUCGAAUCAUCACGAUUUAAUUUGUCCAAUGAUCAAUAUACAUUUUGUGUACAAUGUUUUAAUUCAAUUGAAAAUGAUUCGAUAUUUAUCGGUGAUGAUCCAACUCAAACAUUAGUUCAAAUACCGAAAUCAUUAUUUUUAUCAGCUAAAAAUGAUAUAGAACAACCUGAAACAAUAAUUGAUUGUAUUGUGUGUACACGUCGUUUGCAUCAAGUAUGUACAUUACAUUUAGAUCAAAUAUGGCCUGAAGGUUUUAUAUGCAAUACAUGUAUACAACAAUACAAUAUAACACGUAAAGAAAAUCCUUAUACAGCAGCAAAAUUACCAAUCAAUGAUUUAUCAUUACAAUUAGAAAAACGUGUUAAUGAUUUUUUACUUCAUGAGCAUUGUCAUACAGGUCGUGUUACAAUUCGAAUAUUAUCUGUAAGUGAUAAAAUAUGUCAAGUAAAACCACAAUUAAAAAAAUAUUAUCCAAACCAAGCGGCAGAUGGUUAUCCAUAUCACACUAAAGCUAUAUAUGCUUUUCAAGAAAUCGACGGUGUUGAUGUUGUUUUCUUUGGUAUGUAUGUACAAGAAUAUGAUGAACAUUGUCCUGUACCAAAUACACGUCGUGUUUAUAUAUCAUAUUUUGAUACAGUACAGUUUUUUCAACCAAAAAUUUAUCGUACAACUGUUUAUCAUGAAAUUUUAAUUGGUUAUUUGGAUUAUGUUAAACAAAAUGGAUAUAUGUAUGCUCAUAUGUGGGUUUGUCCAGCAAGUGAAAAUAUUGCUUACAUAUUUCAUCGUCAUCCAUUCGAACAGCAUAUGUUGAAACUAAAGCACAUGCAAGACUGGUGUAAAAAUAUGCUGGAUAAAGCAAUUGUAGAACAUAUUGUUAUUGAUUAUAAGGAUAUUAUGCAAGAUUGUUUGGAUAAUCAAGUACAAACAGUCGUUGACAUCCCAUAUUUCGAUGGUGAUUUUUGGCCAAUUAUUAUUGAAGACAAUAUAGAAAAACUUGAUCAAAAAGAAGAAGAUCGAAAGAAACAAGAAUUUAAAGUAGUACGAUCUAUGGAAGAUGAACACUUCGGUGAUUCUAUUAUAUCAGAAGAUGCAACACAAAUUUCUGGUAAACGUAAAUCUUCAAAUAUGUAUGAAAAGAAAAAUUUUAAAAUAACAGCAAAUCAAAUGUCGAAUUGUACUGAUUUAUUAUCUAUAAUAUUUUCAAUGAUGAAAGAAUAUAAAGAGGCAUUCUUUGUUAUUCGUCUUCAUAAUCAAAUAAUAUCCUAUCCAACAGUUAAUGACACUAAUGAUCUCGUUCAAUGUGAUCUAAUGAAUUCGGGAAACACAUUUUUAAAUUUUGCUCGUAAUGAAAAUUAUGAAUUUUCUUCAUUACGUCGUGCUAAAUUUUCAACCAUGGCAUUAUUAUAUGAAUUACAUACAUCAGCAACAAAUAAAUUUACAUAUUAUUGUAAUACAUGUCAACAAGAAUGUGAUAUACAUUUUCAUUGUGCAUUAUGUGAAGAUUUUGACUUAUGCGAAAAAUGUUAUAAUAUUGAACCAAAACAUGAGCAUAAAAUGUUUAAACAUAAUUCAUUAAAUAUCAAUGAUAAACCUAUAGGAAGUAUAUAA